AUGCCAGCGAUGCUCUUAAUUGGUUUUUGCUCCACAUCAGUCAUUGUUAAUAUCGUCUUGCCUAUUCCUUUCCUACAGAAUGGCAGGAAAAUUCGUCAAUCUUCUUCUUCACAUAAGUUGUCCUACGAGAACAAUCGCAAGCUGCCCUGCAGCAUUGUUCAGAUUCACUCGAGGUCUCCUCAACCGAAGUUCUGCCCCAAAGAAGUUGGGGCCAGCGGCCAUGCAAAGCCCAAUUGCUAUGAACUGAGGCGAGCCUCGAGUCAGGGGACCCAGCGCCAGGUGGAUCGUAGAAAAGACAAUCAUUCUGAGAGGUUGGCCAACAUCAAGAGCCAUGAUGCUAGCAAGUCUAGAAAGGUGACUGACGCUUGUUCUGAAAUCAUCAGACAGAAUAUCUCUGAUGUGGGCGAACAGGAGCCAGGCAUGCUGAGACUGCAUGAAUGUGUUACAGACCCGAAUCAUGUGCCGCAGAGACGGAACGUUUGCAUCCGACCGGUAACCGAGGUUUCUCAGAAGCAGAAUUUCUCAUUUUUGACAAAGCAGUAUAAAUCGACACCGAACAUAGCCAAGCAGUCGAGCAGAGAUUCAAGUCAAGACAGCCUGAGAGACCAAGCAUUGCUGACUAUGAUGAGUAGGUCGAUAGAUAGAGUGGCAAUAACAACCAUGUAUAACACUAAUCGAAGUGUGCCAGUUCGCGACAAGUCUUGA